AUGAGCGCAGCUUCUCUUUACAUAGUUUUUUAUCUAACAUUUGUCGUAAGAAAACCAAAGAUCAUUGCUAAGCCAGGAUCGUUCAUCUACCGCUUAAUCAAGCAACGUUGCCCAUUUGCCACCGAGCUAUAUUGGCCAACAAUUUGGUGUUAUGGUGGCCGGGCGCAAACUGUUGUAGGCGGUGUCUUGAAAUCGCACCCUGUAGUAACUUAUGAGAGAGAGAUACUUGGCACUCGUGAUGGCGGAGAGAUUGCGCUGGACUGGUGUAACACGAAAAACCCCACCAAUCCUCUCACUGUACUUAUAUUACCUGGUUUGACUGGUACAAGCCAACUUGGCUAUGUUCUUCAUUUUGUCCUGCACGUCGCUCAGAAACUUAACUGCGCUGUUGUUGUGUUGAAUAACAGAGGAUUAGGUGGCUUGCAGUUGAAAACGCCUCGGGUAUGUUGUGCGGCAGACACAGAAGACCUGGAAUAUGUCAUUAGUCAUCUGAAAAAUAAACAACCUCGCCGUCCUGUGAUGGUUGCAGGAAUAUCUCUCGGUGGUAUAAUACUUACUAACUUUUUGUGCAAAAUGGCUGAAGGAAAAAGUGAUAUCACUGAUGAAAUUCUUGGAGCCGCGAUAAUCUCCACUCCAUGGGAUUUGUUCAAGACCUCCAAUUCCUUAGAGCAACCUUUGAAUCGCCUUUUAUUCAAUCGUCAUUUGACAAAACUAUUGCAAAACGUAUUGAAGGAACACUUGUCAUCAACAAAAUUUCAAGAAAUGACUCUUAAGCUUAAUUGUGAUAUCAAUUCUGGGUUGAAUUCAAGCACUGUGAGAGAAUUUGAUGAUAAAAUUAUUGCACCAAUGUCUGGGUUUAAAGACUGUAAUGAAUAUUAUGCAGCAGCAACACUACAUACUAAGCCAUUAUGCAAGAUUAAUAUACCACUUUUGUGUUUAAAUGCUGCUGAUGAUCCAUUUGCUCCAGAGGAGUCAAUUCCAUUUGAAUUACUCUCUAGGUGUCCUAACAUUGCGAUGGUGUUGACCAAACAUGGUGGACAUGUAGGAUUUACCGAAGGCUUGUUUCCACGUGGAGCAGGCUUGAUGGAAAAGGUCAUUGUUCAAUACUCUCAAGCUUUGUUUGAGCACUGGUCACAGGGAAGACAUGACAGCUCCUUUAUGAACUGA